CUACGAAGAUCAAUCUUCGUAAAGAAGCGGUUGCCUGCUAGGCGGUCGAACAGCUCGUCGAAACGAGGCAUGGGGUAGCUGUUCUUAACCGUGUUGUGGUUGAGACCGCGAUAGUCGAUGGAGAGACGGAGAGAGAGCUCCAUCUGCUUUGCGAGCAAAGAGGACGGGUGCACCCCAUGGGGAGUUGCUGGGUUUAAUGAAACCCAGUCUCAGGAGCUCCUCAAGCUGACGCUCGAGUUCGGUGGCCUCGGGGAUCGAGAGUCUGUAGGGUGCCUGGUCGUGAACACGAUAGUCAGGCACAAGCUGGAUGGAGUGCUCGACGUCGAGCAUCGGUGGGAUGCUGGCGCACGAGAACGACGAGGGGAAAACGUCAUGGUACUCUCGAAUGAGGUCACAGACUGCGGGCUCCAGGGCGAAGAGGAUGAGCUGGAGGCGCUCAACCAUAGGAAGAGUAGAGUCCUCCAGGUGGUGGUGGACGGCCUCGCCGAGGUUGAGGUCGUCGCUAUGGUCACCCUCUGGCGACAGCGGAGCACCAACGUCCUGCUUACCAUACUCGAGCGCGCUGAAGCGGCGCGAGAAGUGGCGGCCCUGCUGCGCGGAACGGCGGGGGCGACCACAAAAGGGGGAACGACGUUGGGAAGUGUCGUGAGAGGAGGAGGAGGUGUAGCCUGUGCGCUGAGGCUGGGAGGAGGAGGCGGGGUGAAGACGGGCUCACAUCUGCUGAUGGUCCCUGGCGGCCUCGCACCCACUACGGAUGGUAGGAAGAAGCCGACAAGGGUUGUAGAGAUGGAGGUCGUCCACACGAUAGAGAUUAUCCCAGGGUCCAGCAUCUUGAAGGGUAGGAUCUAUCGGAUGUCUCCAGGCGAGCUCGAUGAGCUUCGCCGACAACUCAAGGAAUUCGUAGAGAAGGGUUGGAUCCGGCCAAGUGUCUCUCCUUAUGGGUCUCCAGUACUAUUCGUACCUAAGACGAAGGAGGGAACACUUAGGAUGUGCAUUGAUUACAGUGAGGGCCUCAAUGCCAUCACUGUUAAGAACAUAGACCCCCUACCGCACAUCGGCGAUUUGCUAGAUAAAGUGCAAGGGUGUCGGUACUUCAGUAAGAUCGAUAUGAAGUUCGGGUACCAUCAGAUUGCAAUCCGACCUGAGGAUCAACACAAAACCGCAUUUCAGACCAGGUAUGGUCUAUACGAGUUUGUGGUGAUGCCUUUCGGUCUUUGCAAUGCUCCUGGCACAUUUCAGCGCGCUAUGAAUCGGAUCUUUCAUGACUACUUGGAUAAGUUUGUCAUCGUGUACUUCGAUGACAUACUUAUUUUUAAUAAGACUGUCGAGGAGCACGUUGCACACUUGGACAAAGUCCUCAGUCUCUUGCGACAACACAAGUUCAAGAUCAACGGUGAGAAGUGCGAGUUUGGUUGCACCCGUGUCUUGUACUUGGGUCAUGAGAUUUUCGCGGAAGGGUUGAAGCCCGAUGACGCGAAGGUGGCCAGCAUUCAUGAUUGGCCGCAUCCUCAGUCGGUGACUGAGAUGAGAUCUUCCUUAGGGAUGACCAGCUACUAUCGCAACUUCGUGAAGAACUAUAGCAUAGUUGCCGCCCCUUUGACUGAUCUGACCCGCCUUGACACCCCAUGGGAGUGGACUGAGAGAUGCGAGGCUGCUUUCAGACAUCUGAAGCACGCGUUGACACAUUACGAAGUCUUGAAACUUCCUGAUCCUGACAAGUCAUUUAUAGUGACUACGGAUGCUAGCCAAUAUGGCAUAGGCGUCGUACUUGCACAACAGGAGGGGACAAAUUUGAGGCCUGUUGAGUACAUGUCCAAAAAGAUGCCGUCUCAGAAGUUGGCAAAGUCCACCUAUGAGAAGGAACUGUAUGCGGUGUACAAGGCUCUGACCCGUUGGAGACACUAUCUCCUUGGGAGGUUCUUCAUCCUCAGGACUGAUCAUCAGACCCUGAGAUGGAUGAGAACUCAGCCAGUACUCUCUGACGCUCUCAAGCGUUGGAUCAAAGUCAUUGAGCAGUAUGACUUCGAGCCCCAGUACAUCAAGGGCGAGUACAACAAGGUUGUUGACGCCUUAAUGCGUAGACGUGACUUCUCAGGUGCGCUGAUUACUGAGUUCAAUCUUGCGGACAGUGUUGCUCAGUCUUUGGUGGAAGCCUAUCGCGAGGACCCGUUUAUGGCCGAGAUCGUACGCAGACUCGAGGCGAAGGACAAAGGGACUUCUGCUGAGUUUGAGUUGGUCAACGACCUGCUGUUCCUUGAGAAGGCAGGGAAUAAACGGUUGUGUGUGCCUAGUAGGGAGUUUUUGCGUAGUUUAUUUUUAGGGGAGUGUCAUUAUGCCACCGGCCAUUUUGGGUACAAGAAGACCGCAGCUAACCUGCUGCAGCGGCUCUGGUGGCCCACAAUGAUGAGAGAUGCCCAACUGUACGUGGAGACUUGCCAGGUCUGUCAGAGAGACAAGCCACGUACUCAGGCUCCUCUUGGGCUCCUGAAGCCCCUUCUAAUUCCGGAAAGGCCUGGUGAGAGUUCGUCCAUGGACUUCAUGGAUACGCUGGUUACCAGCAAGAGUGGGAUGAGACACAUUUUCUUCAUUGUGGAUAGAUUUAGUAAGUAUGCUAGAUUAAUAGCCAUGCCGAAGACUGCGAAGACCGAGUACGUAAUCAGAUUGUUCAAAGAGAACUGGGUCAUGGAUUUUGGAUUGCCCAAGUCCAUAGUGAGCGACAGAGAUGUUCGCUUCACUAGCGAAUUGUGGAAGGCCGCUGCUGCAGAGCAGGGAACCCAGUUGCAAAUGACUUCUAGGAAUCACCCAGAGGCCAACGGUCAAGCCAAGCAACUGAAUCACGUUGUACAACACCUGUUGAGGCAUUACAUCAAGCCCAACCAGGUGGACUGGGAUGAGAAGAUUGCUCUCAUCGCCAUUCUGUACAACAACGCUAUACACAGCGCCACCGGGAUGAGCCCAAACAGUUUGCUAUUGACCUUCAAACCUAGACUAACCUUAGACUUUCUUCUUCCUGAGAAUCAGUCAACUGCUGCACCAGGUACUUUUGAGUUUGCCUACAGGUCGCAUGCGGAGUCCCAACUAUGGUGCCAGCGAUCUCCACGACACAAUGGCCUGCCAGUCGAAAGGCAAGGGCAAAUCGGGAAACUGAGCACCGCCGGGAGUGACUCGAUGACACUCUGGACGCCUUCGGAACCGGUCACUUCGCGGGUGACCGCCCUUCGUUCCGAGGCACAUGCGGAAGUCGAUAGUCCUCCUCUUCUUUAUUCUUUUGAGGACUAUGCUGCCCUACUCGUUCGUACGCUGGGUACUCGUGCUCAAGGACAAGACGUGUGUGCGGCAUCUUCUCCGUCCGACAGCGGCGACUUAUCGUCUUCAAGUGGUUCUUCACGAGAUUCGGCGAGCGAGUUCAACAUAGAGGUAUUGGACCCGCUCACAUUCGAGGAUUUCGCAUGGCUUCCUCUCCCGACCACGGGCCGCUUGCCGGGACCGCAAUGCGCAACAUUAUGCGCCCAUCUUCACACGUACUUAUUAUUCUAUGCAGCACCAACUUCGCAGACGGAUGAUGAAGUCGCGGUGGGGGACAUCCUUCCAUAUGUUACCAAGGUGGCUCGCGAGUUUCUCAAUAAGCGGUACGCUGACAACAACGCACCGCUCCUCUAUGUCCGCAUCCAAGUUGGGCAAGCGUCCUGCAGUGUUUUGCUGGAUAGCGGCGUGUCUCGCAAGUUUAUGAGCCAAGCCUUUAUGCAAAAGGCUGGCCUUGGCGCACAAGUUCGAAGGAAGGCAAACCCGACGACGAUCAAGUUGGCGGGCGGAAGGACGCAACAGCUUAUCGACCGCUACAUCGAGGCCGUAAAGGUGUAUUUUGCACCUCAUGCAUGCGAACCGGUGACAUUUGACAUUUUGGACACGGACUUCGACAUUAUUUUGGGAAUGCCUUGGCUUGCAAGUGCGGAUCACACGGUCAACUUCCGUCGGCGGACUCUUACCGUUUGCGACGCCUUCGGCGCCGAAGUGUCAAGUGUUGGAGGAGCUGGCGACGGGGGCGGCGACGGGUCGUUGCUGAAGCUGCUGGAGGCGGCUGUUGACCUGAUCCAACGACCGUUGCUGGUUCUUCACCGUGUCGUUGAGGCAAUGGAUGUCCUCCUGUUGUGCAAUGCACGUUGCCAGCAGGUGUAUGACAAGAGUGUGCGGGGGUUUGUCUACGCAUGUAGCGGUGGAGCAUCUUCUAAGAUGCAGUUCCCCAAAGACGAGAAAAAAGCAGGUCUUCUGCUUCAGCAACCGUACUUGGUAUUCCAGAUCUUCAUCCCAUCAAGCCAGCACUUCUCAAUUGAGUUGAGGUAUGUAUGGAAGAAUCUCGAUUAAGUCUUGGAUCUAGAUGGGCAAACCACACAACUAUUGUGAGAGUGAACUACCAUGCAACUUUAUGUUCUGAUUGUGAUUGUCUUUUCCUCAUUUUUUUUGAUAUUGUGACAAGAAAAGUAGGCACAUGUUCGGAUAACCCUCAUGAGGCUAUGCGACCACCCGCUUACGCUGUCCGUCCUCCUUGUUGGGUUAGUUGGUCAGACGUUAGUCUUGAGCAUGGAAUUC